UUGGCGCCCGCGCGGUUGAGGCGGCGGUGGCGGGCCGCCAUGGACCGUAACCCCUCGCCGCCCUCCAGCGAGGCGGAGGAGGAGGAGGGCGGCGGUGGCGACGCGGUGGGGAACACGGUGUACAGCAAGCACUGGCUGUUCAGCAUCCUCACCCGCCUCAUCGAGGUCAUCAGCCCCGAGAAGACGGAGCCCGCCGUGAGCCCCGAGGGGAUCCAGACAGAGCUGGACGAAGAGAUGGAGAAUGACAUCUGCAAAGUGUGGGACAUGUCGAUGGAUGAGGAUGUCGCUUCGUUUCUUCAGGAGUUCAACGCCCCUGAUAUAUUCAUGGGAGUUUUUGCCAAGUCAAAAUGCCCUCGCCUCACUGAAAUCUGUGUGGGAAUAUUAGGAAAUAUGGCCUGUUUCCAAGACAUCUGCAUGUCCAUUAGUAAAGACGAGAAUCUGGGCCAAGUGUUACUUCAACGUUUGUGUGAUUCAGACUCUCCAACUCUUCUGGAAACAAGCAGGUUGUUGUUAACUUGCCUCUCCCAGCCUGAGGUGGCCAAUGUCUGGGUUGAGAGAAUCCGAGAAAACCCGUCUGUGUAUGACUGUGUUUGCUUUAUCAUGUCCAGCUCUACAAAUGUGGAAUUGCUGGUAAAAGUGGGUGAAGUAGUGGACAAACUCUUUGAUCUAGAUGAAGAACUGAUGUUAAACUGGAUUAAAAAUGGCACUUGUCGGUCUGUGGGACAGUCUGUGGAUGAUUCCCCAGAAGAACUUCCAGAUUUUAAGAUUGUGCCUUGUAUACUUGAAGCCGCCAAACAAGUCCGGUCAGACAACCCGGAAGGACUUGAUGUUUAUAUGCAUAUUUUGCAGCUCCUUACCACCGUGGAUGAGGGCAUUCAGGCUAUCGUGCAGGCUCCUGAUGGAGGAAAAGAGACUUGGAGUUUGCUUUAUGACCUCGUUUGUCAUGAACUUUGCCAGCCAGAUGAUCCACCCAUCAUUGUGCAGGAGCAGAAGACUGUAUUGGCCUCUAUUUUGUCCGUGCUGUCUGCUAUGUUUGCUUCACAGACAGAUCAGGAGUACACCAAGAUGAGGAAAAAUAUGCCUCUGAUUGGGAGCUUGAUUCGUAUCUUACAAUACAUGGAGGGCUGUGGGAAGAGAACUGUAGAUAACUCAAAGGACUCUGAGCAACAAGAGACUGGAAGGGCUGAUCUAAAUGAGGAAGAUUUCCACUUAAAAAUUUUGAAGGAUAUUUGCUGUGAAUUGCUUUCCAAUAUGCUUCAAGAACUGACCAAGGAAAAUACAUUAGAAGGACUACACCAGGGACACUUAAAUGAACAGACAUGUUCCUGUGCAUUUCAGAACCUCUUACCUCUGUAUUUCGCAUCAGUGGAAAGUUUCCUUGAAGUUCUGCGUGAGGCUGAUCAGACACUUGCUGACAAUCUAGAAAAACGUUUUCCAAACCUGAAGGUUCAAGCCUAAGAAUGUACAUGCAAUAUUUUCCUUCUUUGGAAUGAAGAUUUUUGACUGUUUCAUUACACUGUUUCAGAAAUUAAGUUUUCAGUAAAUGCAGAAUGAGGCAAUCUUGUUACCAACACAUGGCUUUUAAGAAAUGUUCCAGGUAGCCCUGGUUAAUCUGGUCUGCACGGGGAAGGAAAUGAGUGUAAAUUCAGUCCUGCAUCUUCCAUCCUGUUUGCUCUGGUGAUAAGAGACACUUGGUUUCUAUUUGCUCUUCUGUUCUUUGAAUAACUGUUGAUUCUCUGCUUUUCAACUGAAGUUGAAACAGGAAAAUGAAUGAAAUGCACUGAGUAGUUUUUUAAGGGGUGCUGGUUUCUUCCACGUUGCUGUUUGCAAAAGGAGGAUUGAUCGGUAGGAAAUCACAGAUGUCCUCUGCCUAAGGAGCUUCAAGCAUCUGAUAAAAACAGAGUUAAAUGAUACUGAAUUGUUUGGGUGUUCUUUCUUUUUCUUCUUUCUUUUUCUUUUUUUUUCCUUUUAGAUCAUACCAGUACCUUGAGCACGUAUUGCAUCUUGCUGCUUCAGAAUCUUUACGCUUCUUCCAUUGAGGCCUGUUCUACACUGCAGCUCCGAGUUGUGGCAUCUCGGUCCUGUGCAGUUUAAAGGAUUUGAGAAUAUGGUUACCAAUGGUCUGUGCUGCAGCUUCCAACCAUUGCAGCCAGUUACCCAGAGGUAGAGUUGUAGGGCAGGUUUGGAUUUAAUCCAUGACAUACUUGAAACUUUCUGCUUUUUUAAAGUAGUCUGUACUUCAGUUUAGGAAUGUAACAUAUCAAGACAGUUCUUUCCUCAUUCACGUGUCUUAGGAUUUAUCUGUGAAUGACAUUAGAAAUGCCAUGUUAGCCUCAGUUUUUCAGGGGAGCUUAAGGUCUUAGGUCACUUGUAGUAAAUUCAGUCCACAGUCUUCUAAAGAUCCCUCUUUUAUAUUAUGUUUUAACUGCAUUACAUUUUUAGAUCACUUGCCUGCAUGCAGUGCAGUUAACGUUUUCUGUGUCUGAAAAGAUGGUAUAGCAGUACAUCAGCUUCAUCCUUUCUGUAAAUGAGAGUGGAAAACAAUUGGUCUUUAAUUGAGAUGUAAAAGAAAAAUGGGAACCAGAGCAUAGAGAAUAACUUAAUACCACAUACAUGCAUUCCCUGCCUCUCUGGGAUUUUAUAGACUUUAAGUAUUGUGCUGGGCCAUGUUUUGUUUGCCCUGAGUUACCUGUACAUGUGGUAAAAUACAGUAUGUGUAUAUGUAUAUAGCCUUUUCAUCCAAACUUCCAGUUUUCAAAAAUAGUGCAAUUUAAUGGCUCUGUUGGGCUGCCAGCAGCAUCUUAGGUGUCGGUACAAAUAUCUGACUUGUGUCACCAAAAAGAAUUGCCAUGGUUUCUAUCAAUUUUUGUAUGCUAUGUUUAUUGGAGAAAACUGGUAACUGUGAAUAGGAUGACAGCAUUUUUCAUACUACUUUGACAGUUUUUUGGAUAUUUUCGUAAACCUACAGAUUUGUAAUAAAUUUUCUUUAAAAAAAACCCAACAAACCUGUAUGCUUUCCUUCAUUCUGAGUGUCAAUUAAAUUUGUUUUCUGAGCCACUGGAAA